GAGAGGAUGCUGAGGCCUGACAUUCCGUCGACACAUACAUCAUUUAUCCCGGGCUGCUGCUGCUGCUGCUGAUGGGCUGGUCGCGGCCAUGGCGGCGCCCUUUGCCUGUUUCAGCGAGGAGUGGCGAGGUCCGGACGAAUUCGGGACGAUGUCGGACGCAGUCAUUCAUAAGGGAUGUGUGGACGGGAAAGUCGAGGGACCCCCGGAGGUCUCGGAGGACCUCCGCGAAAUACACAACGGCGGUACGGCCGCUUUCAGGUCCGUGGAGGACCUGGUGAAGGAUUUCGACGAGAAGUUAUCCGCGUUCUUCCGACACCGAAACGCCACAGAGACGGACACCGUCCCGCCUGGAAACGCCAUCAGCGAGGAAACGCUGUUGAAAAAAGACGAAAUCUGGAAUGCUUUAACCGACAACUAUGGAAAUGUGAUGCCGGUAGAUUGGAAACAAUCUCGAACGCGCUCCCUGAUUGCCCCCAUGUUCAACCCGGAAGAGAAACCAAGAACGAGUGAUGUAACGACUGAGCUGUCGGACGACGAGGAGCUAAGGGAGCAGCUGGACAUGCACACUAUCAUUGUCUCGUGCCUCAGCGAGGAGCCCCUCUUUACUGCCGAGCAGGUCAUUGAGGAGAUAGAGGAAAUGAUGCAGGACUCUCCAGACACUGAGGCAGAGCCGAAGCCAUCUCAGUCCGAUCUCUCUAUGCUUUCCCUGGACAUCCAGUGCUCCGACGCCAGCCACAGCUAUGAGGAGAGGGUGAGGGCCCUGAGUGUUGCAGAGCUGAAUGAGUGCCUGGAGGAGACAGAGGCAGCCAUCAGAAAGUUCUCCGAGGAACUGAUACAGCAUCUGGCCCUCAGGGACGAGCUGGACUUUGAGAAAGAAGUGAAGAACAGCUUCAUUUCCGUGCUCAUUGAUGUCCAAAACCGACAGAAGGAGCUCCGGGAGCUGCUGAAGAAGAAGAAGAAGCUGAAGAGUGGAGGUGGGACCUCACAGGGAUGCGCGGAGAAGACGCAAGCACCUGGAUCAUAUUUGACCACGGUCAUCCCUUACGAGAAAAAAGGAGGCCCACCAUCUAUCGAGGACCUGCAGAUCCUGACUAAGAUCCUGCAGGCUAUGAAGGAUGACAGCGACAAGGUGCCCAGUCUCUUAACAGACUACAUUCUCAAAGUGCUUUGCCCAACGUAGAGCAGACGGAUGAUGCUCGACUCUCUGGCGAGACUUCAGGUAGCGGGGGCUGUUUUACCAUGGCAACAACUACCAAGAUGAAGAGGAUUCACUGUACUAUUUUUAUUUAUUUCUUCCAAACACAAGCAGACUUAAUUUAUUCCUGCAUGUUUUUUACCUCAUGGUGCUCCUUCGUUGUAUUCCACAUCUCAUUUGGUUCUACUUAAUUAUUCUGUGCGAGCAUGAGGAAUUCGCUAAACCUUGUGUAUGGACAAACCUGCUGUACUCUGCCGUCACCGUUUAUGUUGUAUCACUGUUUUUGUUUUUGU